AUGUUGGAGAACUACAGCAACCUGGUUUCUGUAGGCCUUUCUGUAUCAAAGCCAGAGCUAGUCACCUGUCUUGAACAGAACAAAGAACCCUGGAUCAUGAACAUAGAGAAAACAGAAGGUAGAGACUCAGCUCUGUCAUUUUCUGAGACCCAGGAGAUCUCCCAACAGAAGUACAAACAAGAUUCUUUACAGGAAGAAAGAGCAAGCUUAUUUGAAACUAUUGGUCUUAACAUGCUACAUACAAGGAAGUUCUGGGAUUAUCAUGGUGACAACAGAGAAAAUGAGUCAUGUUAUCAUGAGAGUGAUGUUUAUGAGAAACAUGCUAAAGGCAUUAUUUAUGAAAAUCAUCAAGAAUUUCUGGUCUGUCCAAAGAGAGCACACUCUGUGUCAGUUACAAGUUCAGAAUCAAAUGAUUAUAUGGAAAAAUAUUCACCCCAAGCAUGGACACCUGGCUAUACUCUAUAUGGAUAUAUGGAAACUUCACAAAGAGACACAGAGUGUAACACUUCAAAUUCUUUGCAACACUUUUCAAGUGCUGUGCAAUUAAAUGAUACUCCAAUAGUCCCUGAAGAAAGGACUUCUUUAAGCACAGAAAAGUAUUUGAAUUGUCAGCAGUAUUGUAUUUCCUAUACUCAAAAUUCAGUUGAGGUUCCUGAACAGUUACUUCCACUUCAUGUCAACAUCCACAAUUUAGAUCAACAUAAAUAUUUUAGGAAUGAAAUGUGGCAUAAUAUGUAUCAUAAGAAAAGAAGUUGUGAAAAUUCCAAUAUAUUUAGUGAUGUUGAUAAUGACCUUUCUAAGCUUUCUUUAGUAAAUAAUUACCAGAAUAGUCAGUUUGAAAUACCUUUUAAUGGCAAGAACUCAUGGACUUACUCUACGAAUUAUGUAAUUUCUAGUAAUUCUCACAUAAAUACAUGCUCAAUAGUUAAUCAUUUUGAAACCCAUGAACAUCAGAACGUUUUUAGUAAGUACUCAAACACUUCUUCACAAAAACAUGAAAAUAGGCAAGAGAAGAACAGGACAAGCAAGCACCAUGACCAAAUUCUUAAUGAAUUCUCAAACUGUAUUCAGUAUAAUGGAACUAGUACUCAAGAAAUUUAUGAGAGACUCAGAGGUGAUGCAUGCAAGAAGGUAACAAUUGAAUCCUCAAAUCUGGAGAUGGAUAAUAUGAAGCAUACAGGAAUAAAAUUUUGCAAGAUUAAAGAAUGUGAUAAAUUCUUUGAUUUCAAUUCAAAUAUCAUUCAAAAUGAUUCAAGUCACACUGCAGAAAAGAAGCCAUACAGAUAUAAUGAUUGUGGAAAGUCCUAUAAAUCCAUAUAG